AUGGCCCUGCCGCUGUGGACCGCCGGCAGUGGCCCUGUGCGCGCAACAUCGGCAGAUGAUAGCCAGAGGGAACUGCUGCUCAGUUUCCGGGCCAUCGAUCGGCUCUCUGCAAGUGGGCCCUCUCGUGCUGGGGGCGAUGAACCCGAAGCUGCUGGGGCUUGGAAAUCUGAGAAGCGCAACAAGAAGUUGGAGCUGCUCGCCGGCUCCCUUUUCCUCUUCUUCGGCUCUUCCGGUUUUCCCCUCCGCUGCGACGGCCAGCCCAAGAAAAAUCUCCUCUAG